AUGGAUCCAACUCUUUGCCAAACAGCAGCAAAAAUACUCCCGCUAGGCGCAGGCAGCGAAGUGGGCAGAUCCUGCGUAAUAACAAAGUUUAGAGGAGUCACCGUUAUGUUUGACUGCGGGGUGCAUCCUGCGUACACUGGCGUGUCUUCUCUCCCGUUUUUUGAUCUUAUCGAUCCAGCAGAAGUGGAUGUGAUUCUCAUAACGCACUUCCAUCUGGACCACGCAGGCGCGCUCCCGUACUUCACAGAAAGAAGCUCCUUCAAAGGAAAGAUAUACAUGACCCAUCCCACACGAGCUAUCUUCAGGUGGCUUUUGAAUGACUACGUGCGAGUCUCUAACGUGUCCUCAGAGAACGAUCUUUUUACAGAGAAAGAGCUAGCGCAGUGCUACGAUAAAAUCAUCCCAAUUGACUACGGGCAAGAAAUAAAGCUGAAGAACAUUACGAUAAUUGCGUACAACGCAGGGCAUGUCCUCGGAGCAGCCAUGUUUCUCGUGAAAAAUGAAGACAUUUCUUUGCUAUACACAGGAGACUAUUCGCGAGAGGAAGACAGACACCUAAAAGCAGCAGUCAUACCUCCCAUGGCAGUGGAUAUUCUUAUAUCCGAGUCCACGUACGGCGUGCAGUGCCACCAGAGCAAAGAAGAAAGAGAGUCUCGGUUUAUCUCAGGAGUAUCAGACAUUGUAAAAAGAGGAGGAAAGUGUCUGCUGCCUGUGUUUGCCCUGGGCCGAGCACAGGAGCUCCUCCUGAUCCUUGACGAGUUCUGGGAGUCAAGAAAAGACCUGCAGGGCAUACCUAUUCUGUACGCAUCUGCGCUAGCCAAGAGGUUUAUGGCAGUGUACCAGACAUACCUCAACAUGAUGAACGACAGAAUACAGGGGAUAGCAGAGAUAAGCAACCCGUUUCACUUCAAACACGUGCAGAGCAUCAAAAACAUAGAGGCAUACGAAGACAGAGGGCCGUGUGUGAUGAUGGCAUCCCCGGGCAUGCUGCAAAGCGGGCUCUCUCGGGAUCUCUUUGAGCUGUGGUGCGGAGAUAAGAGGAACGGAUGCAUUAUCCCAGGGUACUGUGUGGAAGGCACACUCGCAAAGGAUCUACUGUGCGAGCCAGAAGAGAUCACCUCGCUAAAAGGGAACAGACUGGUUGUCCGAUCAUCAAUAGACUAUAUCUCCUUCAGCGCGCACGUGGACUUCAUACAAAACGCAGAGUUCAUUGAGGAGUGCAAAGUCUCUGAAGUUGUCCUGGUGCACGGAGAGUCAUCGGAGAUGAACAGGCUGAAAAGCGCUCUGGUGCACAGGAGCGAAGCAAGGAGCGAGAACAUUGUGAUACACACGCCAAGAAACGGAGAGUGGGUGCAGAUAAAAGGCACAGGGGAGCUGAACGUGAAGUACCUGGGGACUGAGCUGCCCAGUGAGUUCUCUGGGUUUAUGCACAUAGCCGAAGAUGGAAAAGUGUCGGUUGUAAAAAGAGAGAAUAUUUCCCAACUGGGAAUGUCAGAGAUAAAAAUAGUUGAAAAAGCAAAGAUGCAGGGGGUCUCCUUCCAGCUGCUGAUAAGCCAGAUAGACAGAAUAUUUGACACAGUGCCCGAUAUAAAAGACAGAGACGGAAGGAAGAGCAUGAAGGUAGACGGGGUGGAGAUAUUCGAAGACAUGGAAGGGUCUAUCACAGUCCAGUGGCAGAGCUCGUUCAGAACAGACGUGCUUGCUAACUGCAUCAUAAAGGCAAUAAAUGAUGCAGUGCUCGGGAAGUACUCGGUGCAGAUACCGGUGAAUAAAAAAGAGAAAAAUGAAGACGCAGAAGAUGCUGCGCAAAGCACUGAGAAGAAAGAGGAAAGCGAAAAAAAGAGCACACCAGUGCACCCGAUACCCAAACACUGUCUGGAGACUGUAGCACAGAUACUGGCCAACUACUUUACAUCAGAGCUCACGGAAAAAGGGCUUGUGAUAGAAGAUAAAGGAAGAAAGGUUAUCUUGUCGGUUGACGGGAUGACAGGCGAUGAGUCUCUGGCUCGCACUGUGCAGGAAGUGUUUGAUACGGUGGCAUGGAUUGUAAAAGACGAAAACAGAUGA